UCCCUGGCCAGUUCAUCCUUUGGGACAGAAGUGGGAAUCUCUCCAAAAUGGCCCAAAAAGAGCCCGUUCCCCAAUUGGAACCGCCGACAACGAAAGAGGAAGGCAAAGAGGAGAGGACCAGCGACUAUUACCGCAUCCAUCCGAAUUUACCGACCCGCUUCGACCGGCCGGGAUGGUUUCGGGGUUACAGGAUGAAAGAGCAAAAUCCUUUAUUCCAAACCACCAACAUGGACUACGGCGGGAAGCCUCCCACCGUCCACGAAAUGCCAACCUGCUUCCAUGUCAGUCCGCACGCCUUCACGGGCAAACUGGCGGCGUUCGGCAUGUAUACCAACAGCGGCAUCAACACCGUGGUGGAGAGGAGCCUGGUGACGGGUUCGGACAACUUCAUCACCUUCUGCGACACCUUCAACUUCCACCCCAGCUACUGGACCGGAGGGCCGUCCUUUUGCGAAUAGUUUGGCUAUUGACUUGGCUCCUGGGGGAAAACACAACAUUAAAACAUUUGCCUUGUU